UAUAAAUCAUUAAUUUUGUUAACCUAAGAAAAACUUUAGAAAGUAUUUAAAAGAAUUGGAAUCAGGAGAAAUUUUGGUAUCGUCCCAUCACUAGCAAUAAUACUUUGUGAUAGAGUUGUUUAUUGCAUAGCUUCAUAUUAGAAAAAGUUUUAUUUUAUUUCUAUCUAUUUAAUCUUUUAGUGGCUGGAUGAUCAAAAAGUAGUUCAAAGAUUAAUAGGGCUUAUUAAUCCUAAUUUUACUGAAGAAAGAAAUGGAAAUGCCGCUCAAGCACUUUGUGAUAUUAUAAAAGUCAGUAGAGAACAUAUGUCUUUACUACAAGAAAAAGCUGAACCUGAUCCACUAUUAAAAACUAUAGAGUCAAUAGACACAUUAAGUGAACUACUUAAUCAUAUGUUUAAUGGUGAAAAGCGAGAGUGUGUUUUAGUUAGUGGAAUAUCAGUAUUUCUUUCUUUGCUAGAAUUCAAAAGGCAAGGACCUGCAGGACAACAACAAAUUCCUCAGAAUCAAGUUCAACCUCCAUUGCAAGGAGAAGGUGCUCCUCACUGUUUUACAUCUGUGUUUUUCCGUAAUGAUGCACCUGAUCAGAUGACCUCAUUAGAUGCAGAACGUCUUGAACAAGGAGUUGAAAAUGUGAUGUCAGCUUUAACACCUCAUCUAAAUAGUUUUCAUCAAUUACUAUUAGUACCACCACCAAAAUCUGCAAUUACAACAACUGUUGGAACAUUAGAUCCACCUGUUGGUUUUACUCGAUUAGAAGUUGCUCAUCUUUUGACAGCACUCCUUUCUACCAAUACACACAGUGUAAAUUUACAGUUAGUAAAAUUGGGUACUAUUGGUGUUUUAUUGGAUUUAUUUUUUACCUACACGUGGAAUAAUUUUUUACAUACACAAGUUGAACAAUCAAUUGGUCGCAUUCUUACAAAUAAACCUACCACUGAUGAAGAAGGAAACAAAGUUCAUCCACUUUUAGAUCAGGUAUUUAAUGAAUAUAGACUAGUCCAAAGAGUUUUAGAUGUUUGGGAAGAAAAUGAACAAGAACAGACAAAACCAGGAAAACAUAGACGAGGUUAUAUGGGUCAUUUAACCAAAAUAGCAAAUCACAUUGCUCAAAAUGCAGAAAAUGGAAUCAAUAGUGAUUUAAUAAAAAGUAAAAUUAAAGAUUUACCAGAAGACUAUAGAAACAGAUGGGAAACUUUUGUUUCAGAAGUAUUGAGUGAAAUUAAUAAAAAAAAUCAAACACCAUUGGCUUUUUCUGAUUAUCAGAUGCAACAAAUGACAAGUAAUUUUGUUGACCAGUUUGGCUUCCAUGAUGAUGAAUUCAUUGAUACAGAUGAAAACAUGACAAAUCAGUUGAAUCAUCUAACUGAUACAGGUUUUCAACUUAAUUCAGAUGAAAAUUUAAGAAGUGAAGAAUUGUUUGAACGAGCCUGUAGAGAACGUGUACAAAAUUUGGGAGAUGCUGACAGUGAUGAAGAUGUAUGGGAAGAUAAAGAGCAUGAAGUUACAUUUGUCUCAGGUUCUGUUUCACAACAAAGAUCAGCUGAGAAUAGUGAUGAGAAUAGUAGUGGAUCUGAAGAUGAUGAGCAUAAAACUUCAUCUUCAACUAAAACAACAACAAAUAUAUCACAACUACCAGCGGAAGAAGUAAAAAUGGAUGUUGAUCAGCAAGAAAUGUGGACAGCAACUUUUGAUAGUGUUCCAAUGGAAGUUGCUCCUGCCUCAACGUCUUCAAAUCCAUGGGAAACAUCAAAUCCUUCAAUUUCAGCUGAAGAUCAAGGAGGAUGGGCUGACUUCAGUGAUUUUGAUGCAUUUGGAAGUGUAGAAUGGUGAGUAAAUAUUUGUAAU